CUCGGCCCCCGCCUCUUCCGGCCGCUUACGCGCGGGGCUGGUCCGCGGCCGGCCGGACCGCGCCGGGCAGUGGCCCCGCGGGUCGCGCGUCGGCAUGGGCUCGGGCUGGAGCAGCGAGGAGGAGCGGCAGCCGCUGCUGGGGCCCGCGCUCGGGCCUGCGCCGGCGGCUGCCUGGAGAAGCCGGGAGGCGGCGGCGGCGGCGCUGCCCGCGGCGGCCCCGGGUCCCGGGCGGGUGUACGGGCGCCGCUGGCUUGUGCUGCUGCUCUUCUCGCUGCUGGGUUUCGCGCAGGGCCUGGUCUGGAACACCUGGGGCCCCAUCCAGAACUCGGCGCGCCAGGCCUACGGCUUCUCCAGCUGGGACAUCGCGCUCCUCGUGCUGUGGGGGCCCAUCGGCUUCCUGCCCUGCUUCGCGUUCAUGUGGCUCCUGGACAAGAGAGGUCUUCGGAUAACUGUGCUUCUGACAUCCUUCCUUAUGGUUUUGGGAACUGGUCUAAGAUGCAUACCUAUAGCAGACUUAAUGCUUAAAAGAAGACUAAUCCAUGGAGGACAGCUGUUAAAUGGAUUGGCAGGUCCAACUGUAAUGAAUGCAGCUCCUUUCCUGUCCACAACGUGGUUUUCUGCAGAUGAACGGGCUACUGCCACAGCGAUCGCGUCAAUGCUCAGUUAUCUUGGUGGAGCCUGUGCAUUUUUAGUUGGACCACUUGUUGUUCCAGCUCCCAAUGGGACAUCGCCUCUUUUUGCUUCAGAGAAUAGCAGGGCCCACAUUAAAGAUCGCAUAGAGACCGUAUUAUAUGCAGAAUUUGGAGUUGUCUGCUUACUAUUUUCUGCAACUCUAGCCUAUUUCCCGCCCCGGCCGCCCCUUCCUCCCAGUGUUGCUGCGGCCAGCCAGCGGCUGAGUUACCGGCGGAGCUUCUGUAGAUUACUGAGCAAUUUGAGAUUUUUGAUGAUUGCUUUAGCAUAUGCCAUACCACUUGGUGUAUUUGCUGGCUGGUCUGGAGUUCUGGACUUAAUUUUAACACCAGUGCAUGUCAGCCAAGUAGAUGCUGGCUGGAUUGGAUUUUGGUCCAUAGUUGGAGGCUGUGUUGUUGGUAUAGCUAUGGCAAGGUUUGCAGAUUUUAUCAGGGGUAUGCUGAAACUAAUUCUUCUCCUCCUGUUUUCUGGGGCUACAAUAUCAUCCACAUGGUUCACUCUGACUUGUUUGAACAGCAUCACACACCUGCCUUUAACCACAGUGACGUUGUAUGCCUCCUGCAUUCUCUUGGGAGUCUUCUUGAACAGCAGUAUACCUAUAUUUUUUGAGCUUUUUGUGGAAACUGUCUACCCAGUUCCAGAAGGAAUUACUUGUGGAGUUGUCACUUUUUUAAGUAAUAUGUUCAUGGGAGUACUUUUAUUUUUUCUCACAUUUUAUCACACAGAGUUGUCUUGGUUCAACUGGUGCCUUCCCGGGUCCUGUUUGCUCAGUCUCCUCCUCAUUCUGUGCUUCAGGGAAUCCUAUGACAGACUCUAUCUUGAUGUGGUUGUCUCAGUUUAAUAGCACAGACUUGAAGGAGUUUAAAAAGAGACUGGAAAUCAAUACAGCAUACUGCACAUUUGCUUGGAAUUGCACAUCUAACAGGAAAAAAAAGGAGAAGAGAGAAACUUCCUUCAGAGGUUUUGUUAGGUUACAGAUGAUCGCAUUAAUUUAAUUACUUCUAGGUAAUAAUAAUGUGGAACUUGAGUGAUAAUAGGGGAUUUUAAAACUCUAUAAAUGGCCCAUCUGUGCCUGAUGCUGGGUUGGGAGAGUGAUGUCUACACAUAAAGCACUACCUAAAUAAUGCCCUCUAUGUUUUGUGCCAGUGCUAAACUACUGAGUGAUUGAUUGUAAUUAUGAAAAGAAAUAAAGGGUGUCUAUCAAGUGGAGAUAACUCCUUCCCUAAGUCACAUAUCAGAGCAGGAAGAAAUGCCACUAACUUCUAGAGAAGCUUAAACCCUGUGUCAGAUUUUAAUUCCAAGAAGUAUAUCAAUGAUAGGAAUUAGCCACCUGUACACUACAUUUUUUCUAAUAAAGCCAUUUCUUAUACGACUCCCUAGUUUUAAUUAGAUCGGAAACCUUUGGCCAUCUUUACUGUGGUGAUCGAGUGCUUUCCAGGACUCCGAGCACAUACCUUGUGUCUCGGUCUCUACUUAUCCUUGUUUCUGUGAAAUAUAAUUUCAUCUACUAGGCUCUUAAGUAAUUACAUUAAAGGUGACUAAAUGUUUAAUAUGAUCGCAUUAAAUAGUAUAUGAAAAAUGUAAUUCUGUUCUGACUUAGCACUUUGUUAAAAGUGAAAUGACAAGUCACGUAGAACACUCCGUGUCUUCAGCCUAUAUAUAUAUAUAUGUAUAUAUAUAUAUGGUGGCAUGGGAUGUCAAGUCCACCACCAGCUAUUUACCAGGGUUACAUUUUAUUAAAUGACCCUUGUUUGAAAAUAACAGUUUAUAACAUUGAAACUUCCAAA